UUGUUUCUGAGCACGGACCUUUCUGCCUGUGCCUCCCCUCUUUUCCCCCAAAAUUGCCAAGUGGUGCUAUCCAAUGGACUUUAAAUAGAUUCUGUAAUCUUGAAGCUUGGAUCCAGAGGUAAAGAAGCAUAUUACAGAUUUGGGGAGCGCUGCAUUUUGCUAGGACUUCUCUGCCCCUUCCCACGUAUAAAGUUCUGUUCCUGCACAGGUGACGGUCUUCAGUUGUCCAGCUAAUCCGUUAUUUGGUAUUUGUUUCCACUGUAUUCUUGCUUAGCACAGAAGAAUGUAGGUGCAAACUAGAUUAUUUUCUCACUAUUCCUUCUGUUCAUCUUUUCUUCCAGACUGAAUUCUAGAGAACCUUACAGCUUUGCAAGAAAAAAGAAAAUGAGUACAUCUCUCGUGUUGUCAUUUGAAGACCUGGUUGUGGACUUCACCAGGGAGGAGUGGCAGAUUCUGAACAAUGAUCAGAGGGCCCUGUACAGGGAUGUGAUGCUGGAGACGUACAGCAGCCUGGUAUCUGUGGGGCACUGCAUUCCCAAACCUGGCUUGAUCUCCAAACUGGAACAAGGAGCAGAUCCAUGGAUUUUGCAGGAAUGCCUAAACCAGGGUCUCCCAGUUCCCCAGGAAAAGCAUGGCUUAAGUGAAACCAACCAGGAAAGUGAAGACAUUAAUAUGAGACAAGAUUCAGUGACAAACAACAUGCCAAAUCUCAAAGUUGAUUUAAGAAAAGGACUUAAUUUCUGCCCAAGCCGUGUUCCAAAACUGGUUAUCAAAAGGAUAAGUUUUUCAAAAAUGAAAAGGGGUGCAUGGAAUUCAGCAUCAGGAGAUUCAGACUGUGCGGCAUGCUUCUGA